AUGGUUCCACGCCCUGGAUAUUGGAGAGACAAUAUAUAUACAGAUAAAUUUUGAAAAUGUCCCUAUCCUUCAUCUUGUUUAGGCUCGCCUAACAUAAACAAUAUUUCAUAUACAGGUGAAUGCAGUGAAGCCUACAAGGGCAAUAAAUGUCAAUCUUGCAAAGCAGGGUUUUCUUAUACUUCAAGCAACAAAUGUGAAAAGUGUCCAGGAUAUAGAACUAACGUUUUAGUGACUAUAGGAAUAACAAUAGGGUUAAUUAUUUUAUUGGCAAUUAUAAUAAAAACAACAAGAAAAUCCGCUCUAAAGCCAAAGUCCCAAAUUUCAAUUUUCAUAAAAAUAUUUUUGAAUUAUUUUCAAAUGAUCAUUUUAGUAUCCACUUUUAAGCUCAACUGAUCAUCUGAAGUUUUGACCCUUUUUAAUAUUCAAAAUAAUGCAGAUUAUGUGUAUCAGCAAAUUUAUUCAUGCCAAUGCUUAUUUGGAUCAAAUGAUAUACUUCUUUUCUUGGAGUGGCGCUGCAAGUGCAGGCCACUCCAUGUGGAAUUCCUGUGUUGGUUUAACCAACAUAGGAGUUGGUCGAACCAAAACUGUGCGUUGGUUCGACCAACCCAUGAAUUCCGCAUGGAGUGGCCUGCGCUUGCAGCGCCACUCCAAGGAAGUUUCUAUAGCAGCAAUUUAGUUUAUUUCAAAAUUCUUAUUAUGGUGGCUUUAAUUCCAGCAAUUAUGUUGGUUUUGAGUUUAUUUUUUUGGAUUAUUAUAAAACUAGCCAAAACUUCAUACAAAACAUUUUGGGAUGAUUUUAUAUCAACUGGGAUUAUUUUAUUAUUUUUAAUUCAUCCAAGUAUAGUGAGAAAAAUGUUUGCAUCAAUGAAUUGCACAGAAAUUAAUCCUGGCGAAUAUUGAUUAGAAGAAAAUCUUGAUUUUAGAUGCUGAAAUUAUGAUCAUAUGGUUUAUGUGGCAACCAUUUCAUUGCCAUCUAUUAUUUUAUGGGGAAUUAUUUUGCCUACAGUUUGCUUAAUAAAUCUAAUUAAAAAUAAAAGCAGACUGAGUGAUUUAGGUGUGCGUCUAAGAUAUGGGUUUCUUUUCAAUGGAUACAAAGAUAAUCUCUAUUUUUGGGAAUUUAUCAUUUUGUAUAGUAAAAUUAUUCUUAUUUGCUGUUCAGUUUUUUUAGCAAGAGUAUCUUUAAAGAUUCAAGCAAUAAUUGUGGCUAUUUUAUAUUCAAUAUAUUUAAGACUACAGUAUUCAAAUAACCCUUAUACUGAGCCUAAUCUAAAUCAAAUGGAAUUAAGGUCAAGGAUAGUCUGUGCAGUCACUAUAUGAAGUGGGCUUUACUAUUUAAUGGGAUCUUUAAAUGAUGAAGCUGGAUACUUUUUCUUUGCAAUUAUUGUCAUAGCAAAUUGCUAUUUUUUAAUUUAUUGAUCAUUUUGCGUCCUCAAAUCGAUUUCUCGAUCAAUAAUUAAUAAAAUUAAGAGUCUCAGAAAAUCAAAAAAAGUGGCAAAUUGUUCAGACGAAAACAGUUAUAACAGUGAAAAUUCAAAAGCAGCUUUCAAUCGAAUUGAAGUUUCUCUAGUAUCAAAUAGCAUAUCAAUCAAUAAAAGCCAUGCACUAGAAGAUAAAGAGAGCAUUCAAUAA